AUGGAACCAUCUGACGAAAUGCAAACUCUAAUGGAAUAUUUGAAGGAGUCCAAGUCAACGUUUUGUUUUAUACAUAGUGAAAAAGAAGUCUCUCUUUUCUGCAAGACAUGUGAAAGUGAAAUAUGUACAUCCUGUGUCAUAGCUGGAGAUCAUAGUAAUCACACAUUUUGUGAAAUCGAUGAUGUGGUCUCCGAAAAAAGACAAAAAUUAGGAGAAUGGAUAGAGCAUUCAAGAGAGGAAAUGAUAAGUAAAAUACAACAGAAUAUGAAUGAGGUCAAAAAGGAGAAAGAAAAUGUGAUGAAAAAUAGCAAGAAUCUUUCCAUGGAAAUUGACAACAGAAAAACAGAUUUUUCCCAAAGGCUGGAAUCUUGGAGUGAAAAUCAACAGUUGGUAGUUAGGACACAACAACAGAAAAUGCUAAGAAGACUCAACGAGUCCCUUGUUGAAUCAGAAACAAGUUUGGCAAUCAUGGAACAUUUUCGGAGAAAUCCACAGUGUGGCGAUUGUAUUGGCGGUACAAAACUUGUACAAGUUUUAGAGAUGCUUGAAAACACCACUAGGGAUAUAUUGGAUGUGGAUAUAUUGGAUGAAUGGACAUUCACCACAGAGAUGGGGAAUGCUGACAAAAUGGGGAAGUGGUUUGGUUAUGUGACUGGAAUUGAUUCUGAAGACAGUUACCAACAAGCAAUCAAGUUCAAAUUUUGUGAUUCACAAAUAAGUCAAAUCUCACCAAUUGGUGCAAAGAAGGCAUUUGUGGUGACAGAAGGUCAUCUGUAUCUUGUUGAUUCUACCCAGGUUAAAUGUACAAGGGCCGACAUCGAACCACUGAUGACCGAAGUUAAGUACAUCACUCCGGUCACAGAACGUGGUAUAUAUGUACAACAGACUGACAGUACUGUGAUCAAACACAUCACAGUGGACGGGCAGGUACACCACUUUGCUGAUUUCAAAUCUGACCAGUACUAUCCAUCACAAAGCCUUCGCAUAUCACAUACUGGCACGGUUCUAUCGGUCAAAACAGCCAACAACCAUAAUUCUACAGGCAGACAAAUGUUAUUGAAUGGAUACAACAACAAUGGUGUAAAAUUAAAAAAAAGUAAUAUCAUUUCCUAUCAAUAUAUGGCCGAGCCUAUCUACUACGUUCACACAGCUGCAGACAUCUACGCUCUUAUCACUUCCGAUGUCAUUCCAACGAAAACUUUCCAACCAGGAAGUGUUGUUAAUGUUGCAACAGAAGAAAGCUAUGUUGGAACCAUAGGGUCGCAGCCAGCGAGCACUUUCCAUCCCAGAGGACUAUGUAAGGAUCAAGACGAUCACCUCAUAGUUUCUGAUUUCUGGAACCACGCCAUACACCAAUUAACAAGUGACGGGACAUUCAAGAAGUUUUUAAUGACGGCAGAUGAUGGACUGAUGAACCCAACUGCAGUCGGCAUUGACAACAUCAACUGGCUAUGGGUAGCACAGAGCGAUGGGCAGAUUCACAUCGUCAAAUACGACCCGUAA